AUGGCCAUGCUUAGAGCUUUUUCAAAGAAACUGUUCACAUUUCCCAAGUCAAAUUUAGGAUUUCUAAGCAAGUGUGCGUAUUCCAAUGGUGGUAACUUGUUAAUAGACGAGCCUGAAUUUUCUUGGUUGAAAGAGUUGGGCUUAAAAGCUGAAAAUGAUGGAGUUUAUAACGGGAUCUGGAAAGGCAGUGGGGAGGUCUGUAGCGGGGGGAGGGGGAGUGGGUGUAAUUAUUAUGGUCUGGGGCUCUGGGAAAUAAGCUUCAUUGUUGGCUGCUUUCAAAUGCAUAUUAAAAUGCAUUUGAAUGCAUCUAUAGUUUGUGUAUUAAGGGGUCAUCCAUAAUUAUGAGUACUCUUUUUUAGAAACCCCCCCCCCCUCCCCCACCUAGUAAUGAUGAUGAUAGGUCUAUAGUUCAACAUGUUAAAAAGUUAAAAGUGUAUAUUGGUCAAGACCACCUCCCUCCCCCCAGCACAUAUGGAAUAUAUGCUUGUCAAAAUGUUGAUAAUUGUGAUAAUAUACAUGAAUCACCUCUAAUUCAAAUGAGAAAUUUUGGACUCUUUCUUGGACCCAGUCUCCGAAUCUUAAAUGUGUGGUCCAGUGAACCCCAUAUUAUACAAUUCUAAAAGUAAUUUUGGAUUUGGCAAACCUUGGGGGCUAUUACCAACAUUACAUGGUGCGACAGGUAGGGAUGCACCGGAACCGGUUUUUUAAGUUCCGGCCGGAACCGGAUCCGACCGGAACUGGAAAAAAGUUCCGGCCGGAACCGGAACUAAUUUAUUAAGCCAUAUAUAGUCAUAUGUUACUUUGUCCGCUGCCAGACAAGCAGACACUUCAAAUCAUCAAGUAGAGAGUUCACAAAUAUCAGAAUAAAAAGACUGACAAACGUUAAACGUCAUAAUGAAGUGUUAAUAGUGUACAUUUCCCUUGCCGUGGUCCAACUUUCUUCCUACUGUGACCUUUUGUUAGACACAAAAACGUUUGAUAUUCUAUCUCCCUGAAAACGACAGAGUUCUGGUUCCGGCCAUGCUUUUUUUACUAGUUCCGGCCGGAACCGGAACUCUAAAAAAUCAAGUUCCGGUGCACCCCUAGCGACAGGCUCCAUGUUGUGCUUGUCUGUCACACCAAAUAAGUCUACACAGUCACAGCACCUGUUUGAUAUAUAUGUCACUUUUUUUGCAUGCUCAUCUGUGGCAUAUGCGUGGAGGCCGGGCAUUAAAAUACAUCUUUCUUAUAGACCUACAAACUAGAGAAAGAUAUAUUAGUCAUAUACAAUUCUCAAAGGUUGAGAAAUCUCAGUCUCUAGUAUUAAAGUUAUUUUUAUGAUUUUUUUAGUCAGUGACUUCUUUCUCCCCCAUCAAUGGCAGGCCUAUUGCUCAUGUCAGACAGGUUUGUAACAUAGAUAUUGCAUAUAGGCAGCAAACUAUUGGUUUGGAUGCAAAAGGUUUAUAAUCUAAACUUUACCCUGAGAACAUCGAAACAUUAUAAAUUUUCAAAUAUAGUUAACCCUAACCUUUGGACAGUCCCAGCUCCCUCCCAGGCCCCAGCACUUUUCACCCCUUAAAUUUUGGUGGGUGAAAUAUAGAUUUGAGGGCUGAGAUUUAGCUCCAAAGUCCAGGUGUCAAAGUAUCCCUCAACAUACUCCUUCCUGUAAUUUUCCCUGCUAAGUACCAUAAGCAAUUCUGAACAGUCACCAUCAUUACUCCUAAAUAUUCAAUUGACUUUGUAUAUAAUCUACAUAACUUUAGGGAAGCGUAGCUGACUAUGAGGAGAGUGUAUCAUUGGCAAAAGAAGCGUGGAAAACAUGGGCUACAGUAAGAAUUUUUGUUUGCCUCUAUUCAGUGGAUGCCUAAUUAUUGAAAUGGUCAUUUACUUGUUUUCUACUGGGGUUCAAUGUGCUGUAUUUUGGGGUUCAAUGUGCUCUAUUUUGGGCAGUAAUAUAGUUUUUGUAAUAUGGUCAUUUUCUAGGUUCCAGGCCCUCGCAGAGGAGAAAUUGUGCGACAGAUUGGCGAAGAGCUCCGAGCACAUAAGGAAAAUCUUGGAAAACUGGUUAGAAUAUAUCUCACAACUUGGACAACAAUAUAUGUCAUUCUCUAAUAACCCCUCUAUAAUAACUCCUCUCUAUAAUAACUCCCUCUCUAUAAUAACCCCCUCUCUAUAAUAACCCCCUCUCUAUAAUAACCCCCUCUAAUAAUAACCCCCUCUCUAUAAUAACCCCCUCUCUAAUAACCCUCUCUCUAAUAACCCCCUCUCUAUAAUAAUCCCCUCUCUAACUCCCUCUUUAAUAACCCCCAUUUUCUAUCUAGCCACACCCCUUUAUUAAUUGUUUCAUUGUGGGUCUGCUUAAACUUCCUAUGUGUUUCUCCCUUAGCUUUGUUUAGAAAAUGGCAAAAUCUAUGUUGAAGGUGUUGGAGAAAUUCAAGAAUAUAUUGAUAUUUGUGAUUAUGCUGUUGGCUUAUCCCGAAUGUUUGGUGGACGUGUCUUCCCUUCUGAACGUAAGUAUUCCAGGAAUGGAAAGUCCUAGAAAGUCCUGGAAUUUAUGAGUAAAAUGUAGUGCAUGCUGAUGAUAUAUAUUCAUGCCCUUUUCAUGAAAAUUUGUCCAGUAGUAAAUUCUUGAAUUUUGCUGGAAAGUAUGUUGGAAUUUUAAAUUCUCUGAAGGGUUGGCAACUUUAAUAUUGACUUAUCUCACAAACAAAAAACUAAUUUGAACAGCUUUUAAUAGCCAUGUAGAACAAGGCGAUAUAAUUCUCCUCUGCAACAUACAGUGCUAGUUUUGGAACCAUUAAUGUGAUAUUUUUCAUAAUGUAUGUAUAACAUUGAUUGAGUCAUGCCUGCAUAUAUUCACGUUUUUUCAGGUCCUGGUCACGUGCUGAUGGAACAAUGGAACCCAGUUGGUUUGGUUGGUAUAAUAACAGCUUUCAAUUUCCCUGUUGCUGUUUAUGGCUGGAACAAUGCCAUCGGUUUAGUCUGUGGAAACGUCAACAUUUGGUACGCGGUAUUUACCUGCAUUUGCCAAUAAUGAUGCGGAAACAUUGUCACGGAAAUUCAUGGAAAUACUAACUGUUUUUCUAAGAAAUAACGUAACAUGAAAACCGCGCAUCCAGAACCUAAUUCAUUGCAUUUAGCUUUCAUUGGUGUUCGAAUUUCGUUCGUCGUUCCGAUGUUCAAUGAUUUGCUUUCCAUAUUGAGGCCAUUUGUAUUCUAAUUCUGUUCCUUGUGGUUUUAAUUGUGUCCCAAAUUUCGUUCUACUUGCGUUUAGAAUGCUAACCUAAGUGUUACCAACAAAUCAUUUCUGAACCUUCAGAGUUUAAAUCUCGCAUUUAAAUCUCAUUUGCUCACAAGCUUUGUUGACUUGUUAACUCAAUGGGUAGAGUGAUGCUCAAGUAACCUGGAAAUGGGAUUUUGAAUUUCUCUCCAGGACGAUUGUUUGGCUGAACUAAUUUCACAGGGAAAUUACUAGACAAAUGAAAGUGUACUUUUUUGUUCAUUUUCAGGAAAGGUGCUCCAACAACUCCUUUGGUUAGCGUUUCUAUAGCAAAGUAAGGAUAUGCAUGCAAACUAGACUAUUCUCAUUCAUACAGUAAAUCGAAAGUCCUCGGUUUUGUUGGAACUGCUCGCUCAACGAGUACAGAAAUACGAUUCCUUAAUCGUUCAGUGUUACUACACAAGGAACCACUGUGUGGUUGACUCAAACUGGAGCCAAUCUUCCGCUGUAUUACAGGAAUGAUUUCCUCCAGUGACAGAACUGAUCAAUGUCCCACGAUAUAUUUGAAUCCUGUAACACUCUUUAUAAAGAAACUUUCCCUUCGUACAAAUUAAGCAAGGGAAAUUUCUUUUGACGAAAAUGGUCUUUUCAUUUUUAACGACGACUUUGCAUGCUUCUCGUCUUUGUCACUGUAGAAUCAUCAGCAAAGUCAUUGCACAGAACGAUCUACCUGGCGCAAUUUGUUCCCUUGUCCAGGGAGGAACAGACAUUGGGUACGUAUGGAAAUACCAUAUCAUGAACAUAUAUUCGUCCGAGAGUUGAGGCCGUCAGAAGAAGAUUUCUUGCAUUUAAAUUGAGUGUAACUUCACAUCAUUCUCCACUGACCUUAUCACGGCUGUAGGUAGAGCAGCGGACUGGAAUCAUGAGAAUCGGCAAGAUAGUGUUUAAGACAACGAUCUUCUCAAUACACCCUUUCGAUAAUUACGUCACACAUACUUUUUGGCCUUGGAGCCUCGCUCUCAUUAGUAAAUUACGCAAGGUGAUUGGCUCACGAUUCAUGAGAGCGAGGCUCCCAGGCCAAAUGACGUAAUUAUCGAAAGAGUGUUACUGUCAUUUUUCUUCGUCAUUUUGUAGUCAAGCAAUGGCCGCUGACAAGAACAUUGAUCUUCUUUCAUUUACUGGAAGUACUCCGGUAGGUCCCCUCAGCUUGGGUUUGUUAGUUACGAGGUCUCGCGUACCAAGUAUAAGACAGUAAAUUAGUAAUUGUAAAUGUGAGAACCGGUUGAGGAAGCUAUAAGAAGUGCGUCAAUGUUUAUUUUAUUAUGCUUACAAUAGGUUGGUCAGCAGGUUGGUGUUGAAGUUCAGAAGAGGUUUGGUAAGAACAUGUACAUCUUCAUUUCGUAAACCAAAUUAUCAUUCCCAUGAAGAUAUUCACGCCUUGACUGUAUUACUCUUGAGUUUGUAAACUAAACAUUUAUUAUUUUCUUUUUUAGGGCGAGAUAUUCUUGAACUCGGAGGAAACAAUGCAAUUAUUGGUAAAUAUGUAAUGCUUGCAACAUGGUUGAAUAUCUUGACCUACGUUAUAUAAAUAUCGGAGAGGUCCAGAUUUGAUUUCUACUACCGCUACCUUUCACUGGCUUAGUACGCAUCUGAUUGGUUAAUCGGAUAUAUCAAACGUAUCUGAUUGGUUAAUCGGAUAUAUCAAACGUAUCUGAUUGGUUAAUCGGGUAUAUCAAACGCAUCUGAUUGGUUGAUGGGAUAUAUCAAACGCAUCUAAUUGGUUAAUGAUCCCUUAAUGGUAACGGUAUUGGUAGUAAAAGUCAAAUCUGAACCUUUCUGUUUUGAAUUGUGUUCGGACUUUAAAGAUGCUGUAAAGUCCGUAAAGUAGACAAACGCUUUGCUUACAUUUUGAAGUGCUAUUUUUGUAAAAUAUGAUAUACUAACUGAAUAUCUAACACUUUUCUGGUUCGCUAUGCUUGUACAUGAAUAUAAACUAGACGUUUCAAUUCAGAAAAGUUCGAAAGAUGCAAAAUUUGGGUAAUGUUUAUAUUCCUAGUUAUGGACGAUGCUGAUCUUAACCUGGUUGUUCCCGCCGUGGUAUUUGCGUGUAUUGGAACAGCAGGGCAGAGAUGUACUACUACCAGACGACUGGUUAGUUCUCCAGUUUGUGUAGUGAAUAUUGUUUGAGAUAAAACACAUUACUCUAUGUCCACCGGGGCCUAUCUGUCUGUUUGUUUGCCUCUCCAUUUGUCAGAUCUCCGUUUUCAAAUGCCAGAACUUCGUUUUCAAAUGCUGGAACUCCAAAACGCCGUUUUCAAAAGCCAGAACUCCGUUUCCAAAUGGCAAAACUUCGUUUUCAAAUGCCAGAACUGAGUUACUCCGUUUUCAAAUGGCCAAACUCCGUUUUCAAAUGCCAGAACUCCGUUUUCAAAUGCCAGAACUCCCUUUUCGAAUGCCAAAACUCCGUUUUCAAAUGCCGGAACUACCUUUUCAAAUGCCAAAACUCCGUUUUCAAAAGCCAGAACUCUGUUUCCGGCUUGAUAUAUGAAAAUUUCCGACCAAUUGGGUUUGAGCAAAUUAGUGGACACUCAAUUUUGACAAUAUGAAACAUAACUCAAAAAAAUUUCUUCGGUGCCUGGUCCAUGAUUUCCAAAGUUGUUUUACUAUUUGAAAAGUUAUUAAUUUCAUAAUUAACCGCAUUGAUCUAAUACAAACAGUUUCUGUUACGAUAAAUACCCCAAAAGGUUUAGGUUCUUUGUUUGUAUAUAUAUAGUGUUCAAACUCAUACCAAAAAUUUGCCCUAGAUACUUCAUGAGAAAAUCUAUGACGAAGUCCUUGAGAGAAUAUCAAAUGCUUACAAACAAAUCAAAAUUGGAGAUCCCCUUGAUCGUAAGUCGAUAUUUCGAAUAAAUUUAUAAAAUUAUGUAUUUCACAUAUUAAAAUUAUGUAUACUGUAUUUCUCAGUAAAUGUUAUUGGGAACCUGUAUUGUAGAGUUUUUAUACAAAAAUGCAUCAUUUGUUGAUCUUCUCAGAGAGUAUAUUAUGUGGUCCAGUCCACAACGAGAAAGCGGUUGAACUGUUCAAAACAACACUGGAGGAUGUGAAUGCGAGCGGAGGAAAAAUAACCGUUGGUGGAAAGGUGAAUGACAUUUUCAAACUAACUUUAUUUAUACUGGACACUUAGUAAUAACCGUUGGUGGAAAGGUGAAUGACAUUUUCAAACUAACUUUAUUUAUACUGGACAGCUCUGUUAGUUCUACACACGCAAAAAUCUCACAUCUUGUAACAAGUCUGCCAACAAGCCGUCAACAAGAUGUGUUCGCACUGCUUGUCACAAGUUGUCAACAGGUUUGGAACAACCUUGUCGAAAUUAUCACACUUGUUGCAAGGUUGUUCUGACAAGUCCGUUGCAUGCUUGAUAUAACAAGAUUGUUUCAAUCUUGUGUUGACAACCUUGAAACAUCCUUGUUGUAUCGUGGCUGUAACAGACUUGUUAGCGCAGUCUUGUAACAUGAUAAUGCCAUCAAGCUUGUUACAAGUUGUUAACAGCUUGUUUCAAACUUGUUACAACAAACUGGGAACAGGCAGUGCGAACACAACUUGUUGACAGCUUGUGAACAGACUUGUAACAACUUGUUUGCAGACUUGUUACAAGCUGUGCGUUUUUACGCGUGUAAAUUGUUCUUCUUAGGAGUCCAGAAAAGGUCAUCUCUUACUGGUGCAGUUGUUACUACAAAAACGAACCUAACUGGCUACUGUUCACUAAUAACUGUAUAUAUACUGGAUUUGUUAAAAUUAUUUAAUCGUCUCUGUAGGUGCUGGACAGGCCUGGUUACUAUGUUGAGCCCACGAUCGUGACUGGUUUAGCACAUGAUUCAGAUGUAGUCCUCAGAGAAACGUUCGCGCCAAUCUUAUACGUUCUUAAAACGAAGGUGGGUUGAACGUAUCAUAUAUGAAUCACGUGCAUAGUUAAACCAAUCCGCGUGUAGCCUCCCAAGGAGAUUCUGCCUUAUGGCCAUCUCUAUGGCCUCAUGGUCCACCAAGUCAAAACAGGGUAAUCAACCAACCCAGUAAUAUUACCCUACUCUUGACCAUACCAGGAAAUAAUGGUGGAUCCCAACUUCCGUCGCAGGGACUUUCCACCCUGGGUACGAGGAUGGGUGGAUCCUAGCAUCUAGGAUACCAGAAAAUUUUCAACCUGGCGCAACUGGCAGAACAUUUUAGGACAUUGAGUAAUGCUAACAGGCACUAACAGGUACACUUUUCUUUAUCAAGAAUCUUGAAGAAGCAGUGCAGUGGAAUAAUGAGGUGGACCAAGGAUUGACCAGCAGUGUCUUCACUAAAGAUGUGGGAAAGAUCUUCCAAUGGUUGGGGUAAGUUACCACCGAUUUACAAAAUGGUUGAAAUAUCCUUGAAAAAAAGUAGGCAGAAUUUAUCCAAAUAGUUCUCCUUAUGCGAAAUUGAAGACGUUUGCUAGUUACAUGCUGUCUCUUGGCAGGCCAUUUGGUUCAGAUUGUGGUAUUGUUAAUGUGAAUAUCCCAACAAACGGCGCUGAAAUUGGAGGAGCUUUCGGUAAGAUAUCAGACAUGUAAUCUUUGGUGUAUCUUUCAGUUGUAUACUAGGUUAGCUGAUACAGACUCAUGUCAAUUUAUACUAGAUAGCUCUAUAUCCGUUCCAUCUUAACCAUGCCUGCUAUGUUGUUCCAGUGUCACCUUGAUGGAAACUUCAACUAAACUAACUUUAUUUACACUGGAAGCUUGAUUUACACUGGAUUCUUGACUGGAAGCUUUAUAGCAGUUCAGUAAGAUCCAUCUCUUAUUGGUGUUGUGUACGUUUCAUUUUCAAGGUGGUGAAAAAGCCACUGGAGGUGGAAGAGAAUCUGGAAGUGACGCUUGGAAAGGUUACAUGAAGCGAUCAACAUGGUAACAUAGUCUUUUUACAAAGAUAUUCACUUGAAACUUAAACAACAGCUUACACAGUUUAACUGUCAUUUGUUAGCACGAUAAACUACAGCGAUGACCUGCCUUUGGCUCAAGGAAUUGAGUUCUGA